AUUGUGGCUACAGGGAUCUGUCGCACAGACGACCACGUUCUUGAAGGUACAUUUCCUGAUCUAGAAUUCCCAGUCAUCCCAGGCCAUGAAGGAGCGGGGAUUGUGGAGAGCAUUGGAGAAGGAGUGACCUCUGUGAAACCAGGAGACAAAGUCAUAAUCUCACCACAUCCUCAGUGUGGAGAAUGUAGCUUCUGCUUGAAUCCUGACUCCAACUACUGCGUGAAAUCACACCUCACUGAACCACAAAACCUGCUGCCGGACAAGACCAGCAGAUUCACUUGCAAAGGGAAACAGAUCCAUCAUUUCCUCUGGAACAGCACCUUUGCAGAAUACACUGUGGUGCCCGAGUACACCCUGGCCAAGAUAGAUGCUGCUGCACCUCUGGACAAAGUCUGCUUGCUUGCCUGUGGUUUUCCCACAGGCUAUGGGGCUGCCAUCAACACUGCCAAGGUAAAACCAGGCUCCACCUGUGCCGUCUUUGGCCUCGGAGGAGUUGGCCUCUCUGUUGUCAUGGGUUGCAAGGCAGCUGGAGCGUCCCGCAUCAUUGCCAUCGAUAUCAACAAGGACAAGUUUGCCAGGGCCAAAGAGCUGGGAGCCACCGAGUGCAUCAACCCUAAAGACUUCAAGAAGCCUAUCCAGCAGGUGCUCACCGAGAUGACCGGCCAUGGCGUGGACUACUCCUUUGAGGCUGCUGGGACUGCAGAUACCCUGAUUGCUGCCCUGGCCUCUUGCAAUAUGAACACUGGAGUCUGUGUAUUGAUUGGGGAACCACCUGCUGGUUCAACAGUUCCCAUUGAUCCAUUCCUUCUACUAAGUGGGCGCACCUGUAAAGGGAUUCUGCUUGGAGGUAGGAAGCCGAGAAAGACAUUUAGGCAUUUCAUUCUUCUCCCUUCACAGGAAGUCCCAAAUGUUACUGGAACAAAUAUGCUUCAGGACAUGCAUUAACCCUUCCCUUGAGAAUGCAAUUACACUGUUCAGCAAUGUACUCAGCGCCAGGGCAACGUCCCAGAAAGUCUCGAGAGGUUGCUGAUGUUAAAGCUACGAGUGAAAAUGAACAUUGAAUUUUCACCUUAUAUUAAUAUGCAUACAACAUAACAAUAAAUCUGCAGUAAUUUU